CCCACGCGACAUUCAUGAUUCAACACUCUGAUAGCGCUAUCUAUCAGAGAACGCUUCCGGCGUGUCAUACCUUGUCCUCCGCCUCUCACCAGCCACUCACCGUACAUCCUCUGUACUUUGUCCUCGGGAGUCGGAUAUCUGAGGAUCGGUGAUCGGAAAGUGAAACGGCUGGGCUCGGGCAUGUCAUCAAGCAAGUCCCUAUCCUUACCGCGACCACUGUUUAGUUACUAGUUCUGCUCCCCUUUCGUUCAUGUGUGACCGUUGCGGGUACAUUCCCACUGCGAGGGGCUCCGGCCGCUGAUCGUUUGAUCGGACUGCACUGAUCCCGACCACGAUGUCCCAACCAGGUUCUUCCGCGCAGAGAACACAUGUGGCCCAGGCUCUGAAAGCGGAACGUGAUGUGGCUUCUGCUACAUCUCAGCGGCUAGCUCUGGAAGCUGCUAUUGAUGCCGCGGAACAUUACAUGAAAGCGUUGAAACUAACUAGCGCGCCUAGAGAGAAACAGAAGCUCGAUGCAAAGUGCAAAGAACUCCUUGAGAAGGCAGAAAAAAUAAAAGAUGCCAAGAACUGGCAGCAGGCCGCUGGUAUAGGCGAGCAUGAUAUUCUGAGGCUGACAGAGCCCGUAUCUACCCGGAAAUUAACGACCCGCGAAGAGAUCAUCCUUCUUGAGGGUGCGAAAUUGAAUGGAUUCUUGUUUCCGCCAUGGACAACUGCUCCUGGUCCAGAGGAGUUCGAAUUGGAGAAUGGCGAAGAAUUGUUCAAGGAUAAAUCAGAGCUUCGUCUCUCACCCACCCAGCAAGAGAUAUUCAAUGGCUGGAAGAGACCUCAUGAACUUCUCACUAACGUCGCUGAUGACGAGAACAAUGAUGGACCAGCGACACGUGGAUCCAGCAAGAUAGACCUCAUACAGGAUGUCACCACGGAUUGUUCCGUCGUAGCCAGCUUGUGCGCUACAACUUCCAGAGAAGAACGUGGCCACCAUGAGCUUUCCUUUUCAAUGAUUCAUCCCUAUGACCAGAGAGCACUUAAGCCUAAACUGUCGCACUCAGGAAAGUAUAUUUUCCGCUUUUACUUCAAUGGAUGUUAUCGAAAGGUCAUAAUUGAUGACCGACUGCCAUCAUCGAAGACGUCUCGCACGCUCUACGUGGUCGACCGGAACAACCCCAACCUUCUGUGGCCUGCCCUUUUAGAGAAAGCAUAUUUGAAAGUCCGUGGCGGGAGUUAUGACUUCCCCGGCAGUAAUUCGGGCACUGACUUAUGGGUCCUGAGCGGCUGGAUACCCGAGCAGAUCUUCCUGCACGAUGAUGAAGUGACCUCAGACCAGCUGUGGAAACGGCUUCUAAAAGCUUUCCAUUAUGGAGAUGUUCUCGUGACUCUUGGCACAGGAAAAUUGACGGAGCGCGAGGAAAGAGUUCUUGGUCUGAUAGGAGAGCAUGACUAUGCGGUUCUCGAUAUGAAAGAAUCUAAAGGGCGUCGCCAGAUGCUUGUGAAGAAUCCGUGGGCGGCAGGAGAAGGAUUCCGUGAUGGUUCUCAGGACGACAGAGACGCGUCUUCUCCUUGGAGCGGACGUCAGGACACUUCCUCAUCUCUCUCCCCAGGCGUAUUCUGGAUGGACUGCGACAAGAUAUUCCAAAACUUCGAGAACCUUUACUUGAACUGGAACCCUGGCCUCUUUAAGUAUCGCGAAGAUAUUCAUUUUUCAUGGGAUCUGGCAAAUGGACGCGGAACGCCAGGGUGCUUCUCAAAGAACCCACAAUUUGCGAUUUCUACGCGUGCCGGCGGCUCUGUAUGGCUUCUUCUCAGCAAACAUUUUCGAUCAAGCGCACCUGACGACUCCAAGUCCCUCGACACCUCAUCGAACCGCGACGAAUCUGAAUUUAUAAGCAUUUACAUCUUCAAAAAGGAUGGGCAGAAGGUCUCUCUUAGCGAUGGCGCCGUUCAUCGAGGCCCCUACGUCGACUCACCAAAUACGUUGAUGAAGGUCGAUAUACCGCCUAAUACGACUUACACGGUAGUUGUCACUGAGCAGUCAAUCCCUGCAUUGACCCAAAGCUUCACGCUAUCUUCGUUCUCCACAUCUCCUGUAAAGCUUUCGAAAGCCCGUGAUAAAUACGCGUAUGUGGAGACUGUACAAGCAGCCUGGACCAAGUCGACGGCAGGCGGAAAUGCAGAAUCUGCCAGAUACCCGUCCAAUCCGCAGUUCAGCCUGCAGCUGUUUGAACCAACUGAUAUUGCUAUCUUACUGGAGACUCCAGAGACAGAGCUCGCCACUCAUGUCAAGCUAUUUUGGUCGAAUGGCAAACGAGUCUCAACUGUGAGAAACCGUGAUAUUGCUGUUGACAGCGGCGACUAUCGUCGUGGCUGCGCGGUUGCGGAAGCAAAUGAUCUGGCCAAAGGUCUAUACACUGUAGUGUGUUCUACCUUUGCUCCCGACCAGCUCGGAAAAUUCACCCUUUCAAUUUCCACUACAAAGAAAUGCCAAGUGCGACCUCUAGCUGCGGAAACGGCGGGAAGACGAGUCGUUAUUUCUGAUAUCGGGGUUUUAUCUCCUGGGGUGGAUCGGAUCCUGGCUCCCUUGACAGUGCCGCGCCUCACCCGUGUGAAGCUUAUUGCAAGGAGUAGAAACUCUACGAUCGCUGGCCGUGCAGUAGCUCCUUCGCCAAUAUUGAUGACUGUCGAGCUAGGCCAAGGACCAUACAAGAGAAUCCUAGCGACGUCGGAGGACGGAGAUCACAGCGACGCGGCAUCUGGUAUUCGUGUCGAUGAUUUCGACCUACAGCCUGGACUCGAGCACGAGGGCGGCGUGUGGAUUGUGGUAGAGAGAAUCAGUGGACCUGGAGGGCAAGUCGAAGACCAUAUUGAGGUAGAGGCUCUUGCCGAAGUACUGGUGGAGAUAGGAGAAUGGCUUGCAGAUAGUGCAUGAUUCCCCGGCGUUCAAUGAUCUAGCAGACUAGCAG